CAGACAGCCAGUCAGUCCGUCAGCGGCGUACGGAGCCACCGGAGAGACUUUUCCCUCACAGCGGGACAGCGGCACCGGGGCUGGGACCGGCCGAUGAUGUGGAGGCGGCAGCACGGGACAGCAGCGCUCAGCCACGUUUAAGCACCGCGAAGUGGAGGAAUAACACAGCGGACGCAGCUGUCAUUUCUAACCGACCCGCCGGUUCGGCUCCUCGGUCACGGGCUCGGAAGCGCUCCCCGCCUGGGCUAAGCUAACCUCCCGCUAGCUAACACCAACCGCUCCGCGCACCUUCCCCCCUCGCCCGGAGAGGCUGCACCUGUCGGGGUUGUCAGCUUCACCGUGUCGCUCGGUUCACUUCGGACGAUGUGCUGCUCCGACACGGGCGACUUUCCCCCCCGACGGAGGUUUUAACCCACACUUUGAGCAACAAGAGCAGCCGUUGGGAGCUAACCGUUAGCAGCCGAGCUAACGUCAGCAAGUUGACGUGGAGGAACUCGGGAUUUUUUUUCUCUCUUCUCUCUUCUUUUUUUUUCUUUUUUUAUUUUCGGGGGAGGUUAUCAUCAAGGUUGUGGUUCAUGUUCGCCAAACUGUGAUUCCAAACGGAUUUAUAUGUGUGUUUUUUCUCUCUUUUGGCCACCCUUUGAAGCGGACUCGUCUCUUUUGGUGAACCCGAGGUUGCUAACCCAAGCUAGUUAGCUAUGUUUAUUUGUGGCCAGAAAGUGAUUUCCAGUGUUUACAGAUUCCACAGUGGGACUCUUUCUUGGUUCGAGUACUGCAACGGAAACAUUAGCUAACACCAACUGGCUUAGAUUAGUGUCGUCGUCUUUUGUUUCCUAGAUAGAUAGAUAGAUAGAUAGGUAGAUAGAUAGAUAGAUAUUCUCAAGUGAUUGCCAAACAGUUCAUUUACAGCGCAGGAAAAAAAAAAAAAAAAAAAGCAAAUUAACCUGUCAGUCGUGGCGUUUUCUCGCUGAAGCCAAACAUUCUUGUACCUCCAGAUUUUUUUUUUUUUUUUUUUUUUUUUUUUUGGCCACCUGUGAUUUAAGAUUGCACACAAGACUGCACAAGUUUUUUUUUGUAAUUUGUACAGGAAACAGUAGCGCACCUGGAAGAGAAAUAACCAAAGGGUGUUUUUUUUUUUUUUUCUGUGUGUGUGUGAGAAAGUGUGUGUGUCCGCCCACGCUGCUUUACCUCCUCCACUUGACGGUGAAGUCACGUCCAGCUGUCCCGUAGGGAGCCAUCCAUUGAUCGGAUCAUUAUUGUGCUGUUUUGGCUGAUUGAGAAGGGGGGGGCAGAGGCAACAGAGAUGUCGGGCCAGUCCAUCACGGAUCGCAUCGCGGCGGCGCAGCACAGCAUGACCGGCUCGUCCAUCAGCAAGGCGGUGUGUAAAGCCACCACGCACGAAGUGAGCGGACCCAAGAAGAAACACCUUGACUAUCUGAUCCACUGCACCAAUGAGAUGAACGUCAGUGUCCCCCAGCUGGCCGACACGCUGUUCGAGCGCACGGCCAACUCCAGCUGGGUGGUGGUCUUCAAAGCCCUCAUCACCACACACCACCUCAUGAUGUACGGCAACGAGCGUUUCAUCCAGUACCUGGCCUCCAGGAACACCCUGUUUAACCUGAAUAACUUCCUGGACAAGGGAGCGCUGCAAGGUUACGACAUGUCAACCUUCAUCAGGCGGUACAGCCGCUACCUGAAUGAGAAGGCCAUGUCCUACAGACUGGUGGCUGUGGACUUCACCAAGAUGAAGAGGGGAAUCGACGGUGUGAUGCGAACCAUGAACAUAGAGAAGCUGAUCAAGACCCUGCCCAUCAUCCAGAACCAGCUGGACGCUCUGCUGGACUUCCAGGCCAACCCCAACGAGCUGACCAACGGAGUGAUCAACUCGGCCUUCAUGCUGCUCUUCAAAGACUCCAUCAGGCUGUUUGCCGCUUACAACGAAGGGGUCAUCAACCUGCUGGAGAAAUACUUUGACAUGAAGAAGAACCAGUGUAAAGACGCUCUGGACAUCUACAAGAAGUUCCUCUACAGGAUGACCAAGCUGUCCGAGUUCCUCAAAGUGGCCGAGCAAGUUGGAAUAGAUCAGGGUGACAUCCCAGAUCUCUCACAGGCUCCCAGCAGUCUCCUGGAGGCUUUGGAGCAGCACUUGGCCUCCCUGGAGGGCAAGAAGACCAAGGAACUGAACGCAGACACCAGGGCGUCCACCCUGUCCAGCGCCGUGUCGUCCCUCUCCUCCACCGGCAUGUCCUUCAGCCGCAUGGACGAGAAGGAGAGGCAGCAGGCUCUGGAGGAGGAGCAGGCCAGGCUGCAGGCUCUCAAGGACCAGCGUUUGAAGGAGAUCAGCAUGCAGACUCCGCCCUCGGCCUCCCCCAGCAGCCAAUCGAUAGGCAGCGCCAACAACAACAACCACAUCACACACACCCCAGAGCUGUUCACCUCCACACCUUCUACCAACAGUAUGCCCAAUCUGAACAGUGACCUGUUUGAUCUACAGCCGGCCUUCAUCCCCGCUGUGCAGAGCACUCCCUCCAUCUCCACCGCCAACAGUGCCUGGGGAGGUUUUGAUGCCCUGGGUGACCUGUUGAAGCCGACAGUUCCCACACACACCGCGCCUCCUCCUCCUCCUCCGAUGGCCAUCCACCCUGGAGGAAAGCUGCUAGCCAACGACCUCGACUCGUCUCUCGCCAACCUCGUGGGCAAUCUGCAGUUUGGUGGGACCCCGGCCAAGAAGCCAGAGAUGCAGUGGAGUCAGCCCGGGGAGAAGAAGCUGACGGGCGGGCAGAACUGGCAGAACAAGACCAUGUCGACCACGCAGUGGAGCCCCGCCCCCAUGGCGCCGCAGCCCAUGCCCAUCCAACAUGUGGCUCCAGCUCCCAUGGCUUUCCCCAUGACCACACCGCAAGUGCCUGUGUAUGGAAUGGUCCCUCCCCAGAUGGGUCAGAUGGGUGGGGUACCAGUGAUGGCUCCUCAGCCAAUGAUGUACAACCAGCCUGUUCUCAGACCCACAAACCCCUUCGCACCCAUGCCCGGAGCCCAGAUGCAGUUCAUGUAAUCCAGUCAGGGGGAAGCAGAGUGCCAAAAGCGACAAACAACAACAACAACAACAACAACAACAAACAGCGGAAGAAAACACACAGAGGAUGACGGGACGGACGGAGGAACGAUCCGGACGAGAUGAAACGACAAACGAGAAACGGACGGACGACAAGAGAACCAACACCAAAAACAAGAAAAACGGUGGAAGAAGAGGAGGAAGAGGAAAAGGAAGAGGAGGAGGAAGAGGGGAAGAAGACAAAACAUGACGGAGGGAUGGAGAGGAGAGAAACCGGGCUCGUCUGUGUCUGAAACAACUCUUUACGUCUGUGUGUGUGUGUGUGUGUGUGUGUGUGAGAGUGACCUGCUUUCUGUUUUACGUGUAACAAAAAUCCCUUCGAUGGAGUCAUGAUUCCUAGGAGAGCGCGAACACGGGUGAGAGAGAAAGAGACGGAGAGGAAAACGAGAAGGAAAGAGAGCGAGGGAGGAAAGAGAAACCCUACCUCUGCCGCGAGAGUCACUGUUGCCCAAUUAGCUUUAUUUCAUACUGGUGCUAUUUGUCCUCUCUGGGUCACCGUCCUGCCGCCUGGAAUGGCAACUAAGGAGCGCUUGGGAGAGGACGAGUGUGUGUUGAGUGUGAGUGUGUGUAUGUGUGUGUGUGCGUGUGCAAGUGUGUGUGUGGGUUUGAGUGCACAAAAAAAAUAAAUUAAAAAAACAUCGGUGUGCUUGCAGAGUGAAAAAAAAAGUUUCAGACUCAGACGCCAAACUUGGAAAAGCCCCGCCUCCUCCUCUCCAUCCCCGGCUCUGAUUGGCCCCUCCGUGUCCACCGGCUGUCCAAUCAGCGAGAGAUCUGCAGACUGCUCUUGUCGUCAUUUUUUUUUUUUUUUUCACAGAGUUCCUUUGUGUUUUUCCAGUCUGUUUUUUUUUUUUUCGUCGAAACUUCCCCCCGAAAUUAUGUGGCAAAGCUAAAUGUAUGCUUUUCGAUUUAUUCUCAGCACAAGUUAAGAGUUUGUUGUUACCUUGUUGAAGUCUUUAUUACUCAUGAGUUUGUUUUCUUGUUUUUUUUUCUUUUUUUGGCUUGUUUUUUUGUAUUUCCCCCCACGCUUAAAGCUGUGGAUACACACAACAAAGCAGGGCUGGCUGGGAAAAAAAAAAAAAAAAAAAAAAAAUCAUGGCUUCGGCAGUAUCCAAUAUUCAUUAUCACGAUAUUAACAUCAAAAUAUUGCGACAUUCAAUAUUAUUGUGAUUUCGAAAGAGGGCGGUUGACCCAAAUUAAACCCAGGAUUUCCAAAAACAAAUUAUUUAUUCUAAAUUAUUCUUCUAAAUUCUAUUAAAUUAUCUUUCAUAUUCACAAACUGCACAUCAGUCACAAUUUAAGUGUGUAGUUGAAAUGACGCGUACGCUGUUGCUGUUGCUGUGUGCGCAUCAGUAAUUCACCACCAGCUGCAGUAGAAGUACAAUAGAAGUUAAAUCAAACAACAAGUUAAGAGUUUAAAGUUGUGUAUUGGAGAAAAUAUUGUGAUUAUUGGAUAUUAUUGGAUAUUGGCUCAGUCAUCACCUGUUGGCAGAUUCCCGUUGUAAAUCAUGGAUGUUAAUUUCUCUGUUCAAAGUGUUAUUUUGAUUUUUUUUUUUUUUUUUUUUUUUUCUGGUCAGCCAGGCGUGACUCGAUCUUUACACGGCGUUUCUGUCCGUCGGCGCCCGUCCUGCCCGCGUGUGUGUCCGUGUUUUCCCAGCUCACCUCCGCACGGCCGUCAUGAGGUUUCUCAAGAAAGAGCUCGUUCUGUCAGGCGCCACCUGCUGGCCGAUCCGCGCCACGUGCCAAUGAUUAACGACAGCAGCACUAAAGCGAGAGAAGUCGAAUGUUUCUGAAUCGAGUUGAAUUUGUUUGCGUCGCAUUUGCACUGAAUUGAAGUGAGUGGGUUGUUUUGGUUUUGUUUUUGGUUUUGUUUUUUUUGUUUUGUUUUUUAAAGUGUGAUUCUGCACCGAGAGCCAAACAAACACCAAACUUUUGGCAUUGCGCUCGCUCUGUGGUUCCAGGAAAUCGGUGUGUUGGGGAACAAAUUGCAGCCGGCGGUCAGCAUGUGAGAGGUCAUGGCCAUUCCUCAGCCAAAGCAUCUGUUGCCAUGAUUUUGACUGUUUGUAUAUUUGUGCAUAAUGCACAUUAUUGGUGUGCGUUCGUGUAUGUGCUUACACAGGUGUGUGUACGUUUUCCAUUGAGGGCUAUUUCUGAGGGUCAGAUUUUGAACUAAAUAUAAGCCAGCGAGUUUGACACAAAAUGUGCUUGGGGUUUUAGCUUCUAUUAUUAGUGUUUUGUAAAAAUCUAAUUUUGUUGCAAAAUGCACAUGCAGAAAUUUUGCACUGAAGUGACUAUCCUGCCGAAGUGGAACAUGUUGCAGCUGUUUGUUUGUUUUUUCUUUUGUUUUUUGUUUUUGUUUUGGGUGUGAUGGCUAAGUUGAUUGAGAGGUUUAUCUGUCGGGAUGGCUUGGGGUUUUACAGUUGUUUAAUACCACUGUGUCUCAUCUUGGACACGUUUGUGAGUGCUGGACAGCAUCGCGAGAUUACCAGGUUCCAGUGUGGAGAUUAGCAAUCCGACCUCCAGGCCGGGAAGGAAACAUCAGCUGACGGCUGGUGGCUUUGGCUGAACACGUUUGUCAGCUCUACCGGUCACUUCAGCUUUGGUUUGAAGGUCUAACGUUUGUCUAAAAAUCAAGAUGGCUGGUGGAAGGGUGAAAGCAGGGUUCCCACACGGAGACUAGUUUCCCAGUCAUGGAAAGCACCUGGAAAAUUUGAAAACUGGUAAAAUAUUCAGGAAAUAUCAGGGAGAUCCUGGAAAAAUGAUCAACCUGAGCUGAGGUUACAUGGUCAGAUGUUUUCCUCGAGUUCACAAACAACCUGUGAUUUGGCCACUUGGCUCAUUUUGAGUCAGUCUAAGAAAACUUUAUGUGAACAGCAGCUACUGUGGACAGAAGUCACCGAACAUGUCCUCAAAAUCCCGGUAAAUGAUUUCCUGAAAACAGUGGGAACCCUGUGGAAGUGAUUUGUGACUUGUGGGACGCACCAGCAGCUGUGGCCAGUAGACCAAAAACAAGUUAUUUUCCCACCAUGCUAUCAGUGGACUCAAAACUGUUUCUUUUCUUUCUUUCCGUCAAACGGCAUCCCCAGUCUUGGUCCAGUCUCUGCAUCUUCACCGUCAGUGACAGUCCCGUCUUUGAGCCUUCAGCAUCCGCUCUGCUGCGUAAACCUCGAUCCCGCUCCGGUCUCUUCAGCCCCGUCUUGCCGGUCUGUUUCUAGGACGCUUACUUAGCCCGCUUCGUCACUGUUUGGUAUGUGUAGAUAUGUACAAAAAAAAGAAGAAAUUAAUAACCACUUUCUGUCUAGAGUGUCUGCUUCCAUCUCCCCUCUGUCGCUGUUGGAUAGCUCUUGCUCUUCUCGUCGCAGUCUUGUGUUAGCUCUAGACUCUCUGCAUAGUAUCUCCCUUGAAACUUCCUGCACUACGUUUCCCAGCGUGCCCUCUGCCACCGUCUAGUUAACUAUAGCUCUACUAUCUCUCGGUGUCUCUCUAUCUCUUGUCUGUUAGCUGUAGACGAAACUUUCUCCGCGGAGUCCAGCUCUCCGGCUCGGGCCUUGUUCAGACUUUGUGGUUCGCUUCUCAAGCUUCGCUCCGACUUCGCUUCGGUAUCCGGUUAGGAAAAAGCUAGCUGUCCCGUCUCACUGAGCUUCACCGAUAUCAGCCACCCCCGCCUCUCGUUGUGAUGUCAGCAGCCUGCAAAACCACAUCUGGUUGGACCGGCGAAUCUAGACGGCGAACAAGAUGCUUUGAUAUGCAAGUCUUUCUUUUCUAAAGUCCCUUCUUUGCGUCUUGGCCGCGCCAAGGACGGUAUUUUUCCUGAAAAAGUUUGGAAUAGGACGAACAAAAUUUAGGCUAGUCUCUUAUGAUGACGCUGUGAAGCUGGUCGGGAAACAAGCUUUAGCCAAAAUGCUGGUAAAUUUGCAGCUACUUUGGCGACUACUUUUGCUCAGAGGUUCCUCUCAGUUUGAAAAGUCAGCUUCGGUGGGUUAAAAAAAAAAGGAGAAGUGGCGACAUGAUCCACCGGCUCCUGGGGCAGCUGGACAGAAAGUCAGUCUCCAGACCUUUAAGUUUAAGCAACAUGAAUUCUUUCCCGGGUUUUCUGACUCUAGCCAAUGUGGCGACGGUCGUUUCUCGAUCGUUCUUUGUCCCGAUCUGGAUGCCAGUAGCCAGGUAAACGGGUCGUCUGCCUGUCGAAGUAUUGAUGUCGGUUCUGCUAAUCUAGCAGAGCAAAAAUCCUCUUUCCGGUGUUGCUGUUGUCUUAAAAUCAGGCUUUAGUCCUGUUCUCCUCCGCCGGACGUCGCCUCUGUCCCUAAUGUCCCGAGUGCGGACACCGAGGAACUCGUCCGUCCACGAAAACGGGGACGAUCCUCCUCUCCAUCAGGUUCCGAGAUGAAGGUGCCGUCGCCUUCUGGCCCCAAGAUGAGCGUCCGCAAACCUGUCGAUGUUCAUUAUCGAUGUCCACGUAUUGACGCCAAAGAGCGUUCGAAUCAUGGGUCAGUGACAUCCUGCGUUUUUUUUGUUUGUUUGUUUGUUUUUUAAAGGUCCUAUCGUGGCAACCGAGUUAGACACUGAUCCAGAAUCGGGUCGCAGUUCCCCGGCACGGGAAUGAAAAUGGAAAACUGCCUUCAGAUCCGGCCGUUUCCACGAGCGAACCGCCCGACAGUGCUUCUCUGAUGCUCCCUGAUGUUUGUAUUAAGCUGCUUAGAGUCCGAAAUGGUCGGGAUUGGGCGUCGAUUCGAAGAGCGUGACGGCAUUCAGACAAUCGCAGGGUCAACUGUAAGGAUUUUAUCUUUUCCGGACACCAUUGAAAUUGUCCCGAUGCUGUAAAGUCACACCCACGUCCUUCCUCAAGCAGAUUAAAUCAAACACCAACAAUACGAUUUGACCCGAAUCUGGCAGAUUCUGGAGUUGUGUUCUUUGGUAUUGUGACUUUUUUGGAUGAGCACAGCUGAUUUUUUUUUUUUCUCUUUAGAUGAAUCCGUGUCUUGUGUUCCCUCUUAACGCACCCCUUAGUCUUUCAUUUCUUUUCUUUUCCGUCUCUUAAUGGCUUUUUCGUUGUUUUUGUAUGGAUUUUUUUCACUGCAUGGAAACCGGUCCUGCCCGCCUGGUGAGAUGAGUUUGUUUAAUGUGUGUGUGUGUGUGUGUGUGUGUGUGUCCGGUGUAUCUGAGCUCAAACGGACAACAGGGAGGCAAGCGGAGAGGAAACGAGAAAGUAAGAGAACGUCGGAUGAAAACUCUGCUGAGUCUUGGAAAUGCCAUCCGCUCCUCUCCUCCUCCUCUUCCUCCUCCUCUUCCUCCUCCUCGUCUCUGCUGCGGUUCAGCGACCAGUUAUAAUUACAGCUUUAUCGUCCGCGUAGUUCUGAUCACUUUUUUUUUGUGUAAACGUUAUUUCCCCAGGGACGGGUUCGGCUCAGUGCACCCUGCUGCAGAUUCAUGAUGUCAUUUACGAUAAAAAUAAAACAAAAAAAACUCGUCUGGUUUCUGCUCCUAGUCGAAGACCAGGUGAAAACUCAAGUGUGUAGCAGAAGUGAACGAGACCAGAAUCCCCUCCUCCUCCUCCUCCUCUUCCUCUUCCUCCUCCUCUCGGGUCAGUGAGUGCAUGGUUGUAUCGAUGUUUUGUUGUCCGUUUUCUAAAAAAGCAUGACAUGAAGGUGACGAACGCUCUCCUCUCGAAAACGUCUCGUCUGUCACCCGGCCCGACAGGACGAAGGGCGAGACGGACGAAUCGCAGAAAGUUUCACACUUUAGCACCACCCGUCUUUUUUUCCUCUCCCCUCUCUCUCUCUCUCUCUCUCUCUCUCUCUCUCUUUCCUUUCCAUAAGAGCAGGCUUAUCAGUUGAAACGCCGCACCUGAGGGACGUUUGUGCCUCUCAGUGUGACGAGCCGCUGUAGCAAAAACCGGAGCGCCGAGCCGUUUUCCCAAAGAUGUCACCCGGUGCACCUGCAGCCCAUUUUCCCCCGUCCUCUGCGGCAGCCUCGUCCCACGGCGUUCACCCCCCUCUGCCGCGCUGGCGCCAUCUGGUGGCGUGAGCGCGGUGGUGUGAGGCCGAGGAGCCGGGGUCAAAAAGCCACAAAACCAAACAGAUGCAGAAGACGGGGUGAGAGGCUGAUGGGUGGAUUGUCAGUCGGAUGUCUCUUCUGCACGUUCUUUUUUUUUUUCUACAUGUGUUUUUAUUUUGUUUUUGAUUAAAAACCCCUCGGAUUGCUGCCUCACUAUUCUGUAUAUAAAGAAUUCACGCGUUCACACUCAAACAGAGCUUACAUACAUACUCAUAACCUGCAGUUGCUUUGAUUUACUCGUUAUUUUGGUGAACGUGACCGAUGUGAUGGUUGCAGCAGCAGCAUCUAACUUGUGAGCGGGAGGCGGGGAAAAGCAGACCGACGAUGCAAAACCUCCCCGUCCGUCAGGAUCAGCCAUUAAACGUCAACGAUGCCAAAUGAUUUUGAGCAAAAGUACAACUUUUAACUUCUGGCUCUCUCUCUCUCUCUUUUCUCUCUCUUCUCUGUCUCCCUCCACCCCCCCACCACCACCUACCCCCUCCCCUUCCUCCAAUCUCUUUGUACAUGUUUUUUUUUUUCUAUUUAUUUAAAGCAGAAAUAUAUGGAUUGUAUCGAGCAUGGAAAGGCAAACAAAUGUUACAGUUGAAAAAGCAAAAAUCAUGGGCUUUUUAUUUUACGGCAGUAUAUUUGUUUAUUCUAGGGAUUUGUUUUUUCUCUUUCUCUUUUUUUUUGGAAGAAAUAAAAAGUCAUUUUCCAUU